CUACCGAGGGAGGUGAGGGGCGGGCCGGGCGGGUGUCCGAGGCGGCGGCGGCGGCGGCGGCAUGGCAGGGCGGCGGGUGAACGUGAACGUGGGCGUGCUGGGUCACAUCGACAGCGGCAAGACGGCGCUGGCGCGGGCGCUAAGCACCACAGCCUCCACCGCCGCCUUUGACAAGCAGCCGCAGAGCCGCGAGCGCGGCAUCACGCUCGAUCUGGGCUUCUCGUGCUUCUCGGUGCCGCUGCCCGCGCGCCUGCGGUCGUCUUUGCCCGAGUUCCAGGCAGCGCCCGAGGCCGAGCCCGAGCCCGGCGAGCCACUGCUUCAGGUCACGCUGGUCGACUGCCCCGGGCACGCCUCCCUCAUCCGGACCAUCAUCGGCGGGGCCCAGAUCAUUGAUCUGAUGAUGCUGGUCAUCGAUGUGACCAAGGGGAUGCAGACCCAGUCAGCGGAAUGCCUUGUGAUCGGCCAGAUUGCCUGCCAGAAGCUGGUCGUGGUGCUGAACAAAAUAGACCUCUUAGCUGAAGGAAAGAGACAGGCAGCAAUUGAUAAAAUGACCAAGAAAAUGCAGAAGACCCUAGAGAACACCAAGUUCCGAGGUGCACCGAUUAUACCCGUGGCGGCCAAGCCAGGGGGACCAGAAGCCCCCGAAACUGAAGCUCCACAGGGCAUUCCAGAGCUCAUUGAGCUCCUGACGUCCCAGAUUUCCAUCCCAACGAGAGACCCCUCGGGACCGUUCCUCAUGUCUGUGGACCACUGUUUCUCCAUCAAAGGCCAAGGCACUGUGAUGACAGGGACCAUCCUUUCAGGCUCCAUCAGCCUCGGUGACAGUGUGGAGAUCCCUGCCCUCAAGGUGGUAAAGAAGGUGAAGUCCAUGCAGAUGUUCCACAUGCCCAUCACUUCAGCCAUGCAAGGAGAUCGGCUGGGCAUCUGCGUCACCCAGUUUGACCCUAAGCUGCUGGAGCGCGGGUUGGUGUGUGCCCCCGAGUCCCUGCACACUGUCCAUGCGGCCCUCAUCUCUGUGGAAAAGAUACCGUAUUUCCGGGGGCCCCUGCAAACCAAGGCCAAGUUCCACAUUACAGUGGGCCAUGAAACAGUCAUGGGCCGGUUGAUGUUCUUCAGCCCUGCUCUGGAUAAUUUUGACCAGGAGCCUAUACUGGACUCCUUCGACUUCUCUCAAGAAUACCUCUUCCAGGAGCAGUACCUGUCCAAGGAUUUGACACCAGCAGUGACAGACAGUGAUGAGGCUGACAAGAAGGCUGGCCAGGCCACAGAGGGCCAUUGUCCUCGGCAGCAGUGGGCCCUGGUGGAGUUUGAGAAGCCCGUCACCUGCCCUCGGCUGUGCCUGGUGAUUGGCUCCAGGCUAGAUGUGGACAUUCACACCAACACGUGCCGGCUAGCCUUCCAUGGCAUCCUGCUCCACGGGCUAGAGGACAGGAACUACGCCGACAGCUUCCUGCCCAGGCUGAAGGUGUACAAGCUGAAGCACAAGCAUGGCCUCGUGGAGCGGGCUAUGGAUGACUACAGUGUGAUCGGCCGCUCCCUGUUCAAAAAGGAGACCAACAUCCAGCUCUUCGUGGGGCUCAAGGUGCACCUGUCCACUGGGGAACUGGGCAUCAUCAACAGUGCCUUCGGCCAGAGCGGCAAGUUCAAGAUCCACAUCCCAGGGAGGGAGACAGCCUUGAAACCAGACCCAGAGAUGAGUGAAGCACCACAGUUGGUGCUGUGGCCCCAUUGCCUGCCUGGCCAUAUCACUGGCUCCAUCAGGCCUCCAAAGAAGCCAGCUCUACAAUAAGACUCCCUUUUCCUGUCACCCAUUUCAUCUGGAAUGCCAAGCAGUUCUUCACUGGUGAUGCAUGCUGACUCCAUCUCAGGUUAAGGCUCUGCUGAAAAGCUGCCUCCUGCGAUCACUUGCCUAAUGGUUCUUCCUCCCACCACCCACUGGGAGAGUCGUGCCUCAGGACUUCCAUGGGGCCAGCCACAUGGCCUGAUGCCCUUGGGCUGGGCCAGGAUGGUACUGCCACAGCCUAGAUCCUGGGUAUAGCCCCUUGCACAAGGUCAGCUGGAGUGUGUCCUGUCUCCAGCUACAGCCGGUCACAGCAGAUGAUGGUUGCAUUUGGCACAGAAGUACAGUCCACAGGCUGGGUACGGUGGCUCACACAUGUAAUCCCUACACUUGGGGAGGCUGAGGCAAGCGGAUCACCUGAGGUCAGUAGUUGGAGACCAGACUGGCCAAUGUGGCAAAACCCCAUCUCUAAUAAAAAUUUUAAAAUUAGUUGGGCAUAGUGGUUACACGCCUGUAGUCCCAGCUACUCGGGAGGCUGAGGCAGGAGAAUUGCUUGAACCUGGGAGAUGGAGGUUACAGUGAGCCAGGAGAUUGCGCCACUGCACUCCAGCCUGGGUGACAGAGCGAGACUCCAUCUCCAAAAAACAAAAAACAAAAAAAGAAGUACAGUCCACAACACAAACAAGAAAUGAAGUUUUCUGUGUUUUAAGAAAGAGGAGUUUUAAAAAACAAUAAACAACAAUGACAACUGCGCAUGUUAAAAUCACUCCCUGGAUGUGGUAGCUCAGCCGAGAGCCUUGCUGGUCAGGGCCACCUUCCCGGAAGCUUUCUCACUGUUGCUAAUCCUUCUGAAAGGCCUGGGUCAGCUCACUGCCUUUGGAGCCCUCGGUUUUCAUCUGAUAAAAUGGGGGUAACAAUCCUGUCUUGAAGGACUGUGAGGAGUAAACCAGUGUGCAAGGAUGCCCAGCAUGUUGCAGGCGCUGGGAGUGGGCUGCCAGCCCCUUCCCUCAUCUGCCUGCACCGCGUGAGCCUGACACAUUCCAGAGUCCAGGCCUGAAAACCCAAGGGGAUGGGCCCGCUGGACUCCACGCCCGUAUUGCUGGGCUGUAGCACAGCCACGGUGGCAUUACCACUUCCAGUUUUUCAAGAAAGCCUGGAUAUCUGUACUUUUACAUGAAAUCUUCCCAUUCUCAGUUGAGCUACAAUGUGUGGUCUCUGUGUUGGCACCAGGUCCUUAAUGUGACAUCUCUUCCUCCUGCUGCAGCCUUCAAGAGGAGGCCAUCACCCUGUUUCUCCCAAAGGCACUGUGAGGCUCAGAGGAGCUAGAUGACUGGCCCACCAGACCCUGGAGUCCCCGAUGGAAGUGGACAUCACCCAUGGUUCCACUUAGCUGGGAGGCUUCUGGAAACUCAGUAUAGAGCAAAAGUGAAAACGCAUCCUGGUGCCAAAGGGACGGGACACGAUGAGCCCUGAGGUUGUGGGUAUUGUUAUGUUCCCAUAAAUAACAGGCCCUCAGACAAUGGGCUGUGAGGCUGUGUGUUCCUCUGGGGUUUGAAAUGAAACUGGUUUUCUUCUCGUUUAAAAUGUGCUGUCUCCAACCAUCCAGCUGCGACUAGAGGCUCUGUUUGGAGCAGAUUCUGGGGCAACCCCAAUAACCUGUCCUUGGGAUUUCAUUAGCACCACCAGCCAGCUGCCUGGAAAGUAGCCCCUGCCAGGACCAAAUUAACUUUUACUGAGAGACAUUGGCAGGGCUGGUAUUGUGCACACUUGGCAUUUUCAGCCCACACUGGGAUGUGGGAAGCAGGGUACCUUCAAAGAACAAGAGCUUUGGAGGCAGCCAGACCUGUGUUGGAAUCCUGGCUAGAAUGCUACCCUUUCUGAAUCCCAGUUUCCUCAUCAGUAAGAUGGGUUAUCUUGAGGAUUUUCCCUCCCAGCUUUUUAAAUAAUUUCAAACAUACUGAAGAGUGGAAAGCUUAUUGAGCAGUGUUGCUCCCUUGGCUUCAACAAUUGCUCUGUGUUGUCUUGUCUGCUUUGUGUGUGCGCUGAGCCGGCUAAGGGUUCCUCCUGGUGCUGCUGCUGUGCCUGCACCCUCAGCACAUGUCCCCGAGGAACAAGGACAUUCUCCUGCAGAACCACAACACAGUUACCACUGGAGAAAUGUGACAUUGAUGCCACGUUGUCUAGGAUACAGUCCAUUUUCAGAUUCCCCACUGUCCCAAUAGUGUCUUAGGAAGUUUUCCAUGAUUGGGGAGUCAGUGAAAGGUGGCACCUGCGCUCAGUGCUGUCACCAAAAGUUUUACAACACUGAUGUUUUUGAAGAGCCCA